GUUUGCAAGCUGCCUCACACUUUGUAAUCCUCGAAGUCAAAAGAGAGCAACCCAACGAAUGGAAAUAACAUAGUUGCUGUCGGUGUAAAAAUCUUCCUGCGGAAAACCUUUCCUAAGCAAAACCGGGAAUCAUGAAACGGAGGUCGUUGCUCUUGCUGAAACGCCGAUGGGAGUCCAUUCCUAUUCCCGAGCAGUCUUCGGGCACCAGUAUUACAGUUGAUAUUGCUGUCAUGGGAGAAGCUCAUGGACUCAUCACGGACCUUCUGGCAGAUCCUUCCUUGCCCCCCAACGUCUGCACCUCCCUGCGAGCUGUGAGCAACCUCCUCAACACACAGUUAACCUUCCAAGCUAUUCAUAAACCAAGGGUCAACCCCUUGGCAUCCUUCAAUGAGAACUAUACAUGCUCUGAUUCAGAGGAAAGCUCAGAGAAGGGAGAGAAGCUUAUUUCCAAGCGCAUCCGGAAGAGCCUCCCUCCCGGUCUUUUGCGGCGCGUGUCAUCCACGUGGACAACCACCACCUCUGCCACAGGUUUGCCCACCUUGGAGCCCGCUCCCAUGAAAAGAGACCGGAGUGCUAGCAUCAAGCUUCAUGAUACUUCAUCAUCCGGCUCUGAUCCAUGGAACAAUCCCCUCCUGAUGGCGAUCUCCAAAAGUAGAUCGUUCUCCACCUCCUAUGCAAUGUCUGCUGCCAACCAUCUGAAUUCCAAAAGGCCAAAUCGACAAGGGGGUAUCCCCCCAAAUAUUUCGCCGCUUACCUCCCCAAGCCAUUCGCCUCUCGUGGGCACUCCAGCCAGCAGUCCAGUCAGCAAAACUGCCAACGAAGAAUUCCCAGAGUCAACCGUCACUGCCACUAAGCAAACCAUCAAGCCGCACAGGGCUCUAAGUUGUACUCAGAGUGCGCCUCCCUUGGCGGAGCCUGUGGUGGCCACACCUGUUGUGUGCAGCAGCUGUGGCAGGCCAUAUAACCAAAAAGACACUGGUGAAGGAACAGUGGACAGAACUGAUGGGGCAUCACACACGUUGAGCAGAACAGAUGAUCCAGCACAAGCCACUUCUGACUACGAAACAAACAACAGCGACAGCAGCGACGCCGUGCAAAACGAUGACGAGACAGAUUGUUCCAAGGAGCCGGCACAGAUGGGAUCCAUCUGUAGAACGUAUACUCCAGAGGCAAUCAUACUGCAUCCCUUGUUGCCGCCGGAGGAUAAACCUAUUCUUGCCCCAGAGCCUCUCAUAAUGGACAAUUUGGACCCGCUUAUGGAUCAGCUAAACAAUUGGAAUUUCCCCAUCUUUGAUUUGGUAGAGAAGAUAGGCAAGAAAUGUGGCCGGAUCCUGAGUCAGGUCUCCUACAAGCUUUUUGAAGACAUGGGGUUAUUUGAGACCUUUAAAAUUCCCGUCAGAGAGUUUAUGAACUAUUUCCAUGCUCUAGAAUGUGGAUACCGAGACAUACCGUAUCACAACAGGAUUCAUGCCACUGAUGUCCUCCAUGCUGUCUGGUACCUUUCCACCCAGUGCAUUCCUGGCCUGCCAACUGUGAUUAAUGACCACGGGUCAGCAAGUGAUUCAGAUUCUGAUAGUGGAUUCACUCACGGCCACCUGGGAUACGUGUUGUCGAAAACGUACACGCCAGCAGAUGACACUUACGGCUGCUUGGCUGGCAACAUCCCCGCCCUUGAGCUCAUGGCUCUUUAUGUAGCAGCUGCCAUGCAUGAUUAUGAUCACCCUGGAAGAACCAAUGCCUUUUUGGUUGCAACCAGUGCUCCUCAGGCUGUCCUAUAUAAUGACCGCUCUGUUUUGGAGAACCAUCACGCUGCUGCGGCAUGGAAUCUGUUCAUGUCCAGACCGGAAUAUAACUUCUUAGUCAACCUUGACCACGUGGAGUUCAAGCACUUUCGGUUCCUUGUUAUUGAAGCCAUUCUGGCUACUGAUCUGAAGAAGCACUUUGAUUUUGUGGCCAAAUUCAACGCCAAGGUGAACGAUGGCGUAGGCAUUGAUUGGACGAACGAAAAUGACCGCUUGCUGGUUUGUCAGAUGUGCAUCAAACUGGCUGACAUAAAUGGACCAGCAAAACACAAGGAAUUGCAUCUACAAUGGACAGAAGGCAUCGUCAAUGAGUUUUACGAACAGGGUGACGAAGAAGCCAGCUUAGGUCUCCCAAUCAGCCCGUUCAUGGACCGCUCUGCUCCUCAGUUGGCACACCUCCAGGAAUCCUUCAUCACUCACAUCGUGGGCCCACUGUGCAACUCCUAUGACUCGGCGGGGCUGAUGCCAGGAAAAUGGAUCGAAGACAACGAUGAGUCAGCCGACACGGAUGAGCAGGAUGAGGAAGAUUCGACGGACAUGGAGACCUAUGAAAACUCCGAACCAAGAAAGAAGAGGAGGAAGAUCUACUGCCAGAUCACUCAGCACCUGCUUGAGAACCAUCAGAUGUGGAAGAAAGUGAUUGAGGAGGAAGAGAGGACAGCUGGGACAGGCAAGCAAACCCCAGACCAACCGGCAGCGUUGCACCAGCCCUCUGAACAAAUCGAGGCUAUUAGAGAGGAGGAGGAAGAGAAAGGGGGGAAGCCCAGAGGCGAAGACGACAGCUCAGCCCAGGAGACGAAUCAAUGACAGUGAGACAAUUCUGAGCAGUAUUGGAAGACAAACAGACUUCUCUCUACCAGUUCCUUUUACCAGCCAGCACAACAUUUAGACACAACACUGUAGAAUUAUGGGAUAAUGCACCUACAGCUGUUUAGGUUGUUCCUCUUUCCUCUUUUUUUUUAAAAAAACAACAACCACAGUGAGGUACCUUGUUUAAACUGCUGGGUGCAAAAAUAAGCUUUCACUCUGCAGCACCGACUUUUACAGACUUUCAUAUGGGAUGAGGAAUU